AUGGCUGCUCUGUAUAGUCUUCUGCUGCUUCCGCCCCCGCCCUCCCCCGCAGUGCGCCAGUUGAAGGAGGUCUAUGGGCCGGCCUUGUCGCAUAUAUUCUCAAGCAUUGCGCAACUGAACGCGUCUAGCGAUAUUCAUAAGCUUGAUGUUGCUCUAGUCAUUCCUCAACUACUGUCCGCUCAAUACCACCCUCGAACAAAGGCCUUUGCAAGUAUUCAGAAACUUCUGGCCAACUUUUAUACGCUGGUGGGAGCUGUCAGCGCCGAAAAGGAUGUAGAGCUGGAUGCACCAGGAGGUGUUGACGUCCGUGUCUUCUUUGUGGACAACGCAGAAUAUGAGCAGACCGAGGAAUGGAAGAGAACCCAAGGGCCAGUCAUUGACUUCAAGACAUUAGCAGCUUCCAAAAGACCCUGGGAUCAUGUCUAUAUUCCGAGCACAACCGAGGGAGAGCUUUUAGGAGCCGCGCUGUCAAUACAUGGGGUCACCAUCGCUAAUACUAAACUACCUGCGGGCACUAUAUCUAGCACAGCAGAGACAGUCAUAAGCCCCGACGAUGAACGAUCUAAAAGCCAUGCCGCAGUCAUUGUCGGCGGAACGUUCGAUCAUCUCCAUCUUGGACAUAAGUUAUUGCUCACGGCCACCGCAUUAGCACUAGACAUUAGGAGAGAUCAAAAGAUGCUCGCAGUCGGGAUAACCGGUGAUCAGAUGCUCGUGAACAAAAAGUUUGCAGAGUAUCUGGAGAGCUGGGAACAGAGAAUGCAAGCAACAGCGGCAUUUCUACGAGCCAUCGUCGAUUUUAAUCCUCCGGAGACUUCGUCUGCUGAUCUCACGCGCACCGAACAACCAGGCCCAAAUGGCAAGCAGGUUUCGUUUCAGGUUGCGCCAGAUAUAACUGUGCGGUUGGUACAGAUUGAUGAUCCGUUCGGACCAACGAUUACGGAGGAAGUGUUUAGUGCUUUGAUUGUGUCAGCAGAGACACGAUCAGGUGGACAGGCUGUGAACACAGAACGAAACAAAAAAGGAUGGGCAUCGUUAGAGGUGUUUGAAGUUGGUGUCUUGCAAGCGGGAGAAGCACAGGAGGUGGCGGAUACGUCAGCCAGUAGCUUCGAGUCCAAGAUCAGUAGCACCGACAUUCGACAACGUCGAAUGAAGAGUGCGGGUAGCAAUCUUUAA